AUGGCUACUCCAUUGAUUCUACUUGUUUUCUCUUCGGUUUUAUUAUGGACUCCUUCAAUUUCACUCUCCGAUGGUCUGCGGGCUGGCUCAUCACUAUCAGCGGAGGCUCCGGCUGAUGUUUUGACUUCACCUGAUGGAAGACUCGGUGCUGGGUUUCACAUUGUUGGGCAGAACGCUUAUUCAUUUGCGAUAUGGUUCAAUAAACCAACCUGCAGUGCUCUCAGUUGCACCAUAGUUUGGAUGGCGAAUCGGGACCAACCAGUCAAUGGCAGAUCCUCGAAGCUUUGUCUAUUGAGAUCGGGUAACCUUGUUUUAAAAGAUGCUGGUCAUAUCAUAGUUUGGGAAACGAAAACUGUGUCGGCUACACCUCUUCGAUUGAAGCUUGAAAAUGGUGGCAACCUUGCCUUGCGCGACUCGGUAGGUCUUUUACUGUGGCAAAGCUACGAUUCACCCACAGAUACUCUGCUUCCUCUUCAACCAUUCAAUGAGAAUUCAAAUCUCAUCUCAACGAGAAGCCAAGGGAACUACUCCUCGGGUUAUUAUAAGCUUUACUUCGACACUGAUAAUGUGCUUUGCCAUUUGUACAAAGGUCCUGAGUUUUCAAGCGUUUACUGGCCAAGUCCAUGGCUUCUGAGAUGGGAAGCUGGAAGAUCCACGUUCAACAACUCCAAAAUAGCUGUUCUCGAUUCUUUGAGUAAAUUUAGCUCGACUGAUAAUUUUACUUUCUUGUCAGCUGAUUAUGGUUCAAAUAUUUCAAGGAUGCUGAAACUGGAUUCUGAUGGGAUCUUAGAUCGUAUAGUCAAAAAGAGGAUGGUGAAGCUUGGGUUGUUUCAUGGAUAG